CUUCCCACCUCCCUUCCUGUCCGCGCUCCUGGUUCCUGGCUCCUGCUAGGCUCGGCAGUAUUGGGAGCGCGCAGGCGCGGCGUGCGGCUCGUAAGGCGCGGAGUAGCGGAGCGGGACGCGCUGGAAUCAUCAUCCAAGGACCUGCUGGAGACCACCAGAAAACAUGGGGAGGGUUUUUCUCACAGGAGAAAAAGCCAAUUCUGUAUUAAAACGUUACCCGAGAGCUAAUGGAAUGCUUGAAGAAAUGAAACAGGGCAACAUUGAGCGUGAGUGCAAAGAAGAAGUCUGCACGUUUGAAGAAGCAAGAGAAGCUUUUGAGAAUAAUGAAAAAACUAAGGAGUUCUGGAGUACCUAUACAAAAGCGCAACAAGGAGAGAGUAACAGAGGAAGUGACUGGUUUCAAUUUUACCUUACCUUUCCAUUAAUCUUUGGCCUCUUCAUUAUCCUCCUUGUCAUUUUCCUAAUCUGGAGAUGCUUCCUAAGAAACAAAACUCGUAGACAGACAGUGACUGAAGGCCACAUUCCUUUCCCUCAGCACCUGAAUAUCAUCACUCCACCUCCCCCUCCAGACGAAGUGUUUGAUAGCAGUGGAUUGUCUCCAGGCUUUCUGGAAUAUGUAGUUGGGCGCUCAGAUUCUGUCUCCACUCGCCUGUCCAACUGUGAUCCCCCACCAACCUAUGAGGAAGCCACUGGCCAGGUGAACCUGCGGAGGAGUGAAACAGAACCUCAUUUAGACCCACCCCCGGAAUAUGAGGACAUAGUCAACUCCAACUCAGCCAGUGCCAUUGCCAUGGUGCCUGUGGUCACCACCAUCAAAUGAAGCUGCAAACUUCUUUUUACUCUAAUCAUUUUUAAAACACUAAUGAAAGAACUUUCUAGCACUUUACCACUACAUAAAUGUGCAUCGACUUAUUUGAUUGGAGUCUUACAGCAUACCACUUCACACUUUCUGGUUUGAUUUUCUUUAGUUUUUUUUCCUAUUAUAAGAUCAUUCUCCAUGCUCAUUUUUGCUAGAGGAAAUAUACGAAGAGGGGAAAAACAUACUAGUGGGGGUCUUCAUGUGAUGUGAUGAGAUGUACAUGUGUAUAUGUAUGUAUAUGCAUAUAUACAUGUGCAUGAAUCAACAUAGUACAUGUGCAACUAUCUUAAAAAUCCAUUAACUUCUAUCUAAAUCACCUAGAAAGAGAGCAUUACUUACAAAAGCGAAAAAGCAAGGGCACCAACAGUUUGUGUAAGAGCCAGCAACAUGCUGUAGAAUUUUGCAAACAGGAUGUAUUUAGCAUAUUUUCUAAUUCCUAUUGGCUUUUGUUAAUCUUCUAUUUCUUCAUCUACCUUAAAAGGAAAAAAAUUCAUAUAGUCAUUCUUGGUUUUAGAAACAUCUCAGAAAGAGAGAAAGAGCGAGCACAGGAGCAUAUGAUAAGUAAUAACUUGCUUAGUGUGUACAGUAAGAAAAUCAUCGGUCAUGAGUGGCAUUUGGCUUGUUCUGUACUAGGGAUUUUUUUUUUUUUUUGGUUAACCGUCCCCCCACUUUCAAAAUUAAACAGUAUUUUAUUAGCAUCUUUGAAUGUCUCACGCUGUGUGUAUUAACAUCAUGAUGCGGAGGAUUUUCUGGCAGUGCAAUAAUUUCUAGAGUGGAUAUAUGUAUUAAUGUCAGGCAAUAGAUACCAAGUACGCCUUUGCUCACAGGUGGCAAUAAUUAUUUUCUUCUUGCUGUUUCAUUGCCUUUUACUCUACUGUUUACUCUCCCUCCUAUCACUACAGAAUCUUCAACCCCCUAAGUUUAGUUAAAUAAAAUUUUUGAAAUUAUUUUC